GAAUUAGUAAUCCUUGUCAGGAUCACGUCGGCGUCACCAAAAAAUGUUUAUUAAUAUAAAUAAAAGUGGAUAUAUACAACACUCGAAUUGUGUAACCUUGAUAUGUUUACAAUUUCUUGUAAUCUACCAAGAAUGUUUAUUUUCGCUUGGCAUUUAUACAUUUGGAUAUCAAUACAACUAGCAUUAAUGCAAAAAGAACGAGAAGAACACAAGUACGACAACAGAGAAAAUACCCCAUAUGAUGAAUAUGGAGGAUGGCACAAAGCCGCAAAAGUUGAUUCACCAACGGUUACCAAAAUAUUAAAGAAUUUGGGCGCAUUAUACCGCAGGCAAGGUAUGUUUGAAGCUGCAGAAACAUUGGAAGAUUGCGCUCUACGUAGCAAAAAAGAAGCACUGGAUAUGGCGAAACAAAAUAAGAAAAUGCAUAAAUAAGGAACCAUACAACAUUCUAACUGGUUGACGAUAGAUAAUUUUCUGUGACAACUAAUGUGGAAUCAUUCCAUCAUGUCUAUAAAUUCUUCUAAAAUCCAAAAUAAAAUAUAUUCCGUAAUAUGUAACAUAUGAAAAGAAUUGUUUUGGUCUAGCUAACUGUAUAAUUAAAAAGUUAAUU